GACUCUGCCGGAAAAGAUUAUUUAUCCACCAGCCAAGAAUUCGAUUCUGUCUAUCAAGAAUUAGAUCUGAACUCUCUUAAUGAAGAUUUUCUUUCCCAGUCCAUGUCCAAUGCCAUGACAAAGACCUCUCUGGAUACAUAUGAAUCCCGGACAACUUCUGAACCUGAGUAUCUGACCGAAGCCGAGCAAAUGGAGCUCAGAUCCGAGCUCACCAAAUUGGAGGAGGAAAUCGUAACGCUACGCCACGUGCUGGCCGCCAAAGAGAAACGCUGUGGGGAGCUCAAGACAAGGCUGGGGUGCACGGCUUUGGUGGGGUUGAAACAGAAUCUGUCCAAGAGCUGGCAUGAUAUUCAGGUCUCCAACACUUACAUGAAACAGAAGACAUCAGCCGCCCUGUCCACCGUGGGCUCUGCUAUCUGCAGGAAGCUUGGAGACAUGAAGAAGUCAGCCACGUUCAGAUCUUUGGAAGGUCUGAUGGGGACCAUCAAGUCCAGAGUCGCAGGUGGCAGAGACCUUGGCAAUGACGGCCUUCCUGCCUCGCCAGGGAGUGGAGAUGACCCACUCCUGGUUCCGGGGAGUGGGGCUGACCCAGUUCCAGGGAGUCAGGAUGACCUGCUUUCCUUUCUAGAGCCAGAAUGA